CACAUCCUGCAGCUCUGUCCUCCAGCCUCACACCGGAGACUCACGCGGAGUGAACCCGCAGCACAGAGCACACAGAGCGGCCACGAGCAGCGCGUCACCACGAAGACCUCCAUCCACCCAGAGAGCAGGUGAGGAAGAGGAAGAGGAGGAAGAUCACAUCCUGCUGAGCUCUGUCCCUCCGUCUGUCCUCCAGCCUCACAACGCAGACACACACCGGACACACACACAGGGAGUCUGCAGACCUUCAUCCAUCCAGAGUCCAUUCAGAACCGGUGAGGAAGAGGAGGAGGAAGAGGAGGCAGCACUGCAGCAGACAUGCCGGGCCUGCUCUUCAUCACACUCAUCAGCGCUCUCCUGUCCAGCUGUGACGGUUUCAGACGGACCUCGUCCCAGCGCGUCUCACCGCUCAGACAGGAUGAAAGCCCAGCCCAGGAACUAGUCCGAACCAAACGCCACUCAGUCCAGGAGCUGGUGCGAGCCCAGCCCCACUUGGUUCAUGACAUGGGCUGGCCCGAGAUUCGUGAAAUAUCCAGAUCCGAGGUGGAGGCUAACUCGUCUCAGUUAAAGUCCCCGUCCUCUGUGGACGAAGACGUGGAAGAGGAGAUGGAGCGUAUGGUCCAUUUGGCAGCUCCACAGGACGCAGGAGGCUACAGGGCUCACACAGACCCAGACACGGAGCCCUUCGGUGGGCCGGGUGCCGGCGAUGCCUCCCAGGAGGCCUCUGGCUUCUAUGGAACGGACACGGAGGACAGAUACAGAGGAGAGGAGGGAGGAGAGGACCGAGAGAGAAGAGGAGGAGGAGAGGACGAGUGGGAGGAGAGAGAGAGGAGAAGGGGGGACGAGCAUGAUGCUUCAGAUGUGAUCCACCUUACCCCAGAUCUGGACACUCUGAUUGGCUACAGUCCAUCCCUCCACCCCACCAGCUCCCUGCAGCCCAUCAUCUCCUCCCCAGCUGAGCUGCAUGAUCCUGGGCUACAAGAACAUCGAGCGUCCCCUGUCCUGGAGAUGGGUCCUUUAGAGAGGGAGCUGUGGGAGGCCGAGCGGGAGGAAGACGUUCAGUCCAGUGGAUACGGAGUCCGUCACUCCUCCAUCGCCUCCACGACCACAACAUCCACACCUGCUUCCACUGCUGCUGCUGCAGGCGGAGACGCUGCAGGAACCUCCCCCCCUGAGACGGACACUGGCACUGACUUCGGGCUGCUGGGAAGUUUUACAAAAGAUGAGACGGAGGAUGAGGAGACAGAGCGGGAGGAGGAAGAGGAACACGCCGGCCUGUUUACCCAGAGUCCCACUGUAGCAGAGGUCGGCCUGGCCCCCAGCAGAGAGCCUCUGCAGCCCAGUGUGGAGGAAGAGGAGCGAGGGAAUAAAGACCGACUGAAUGACCGAGGUGCCGAGGUGGAGGAGGAGAGCUGGAAGAAGAUGGAGGGAGAAGGAGCAUUAAUCCGUCAGAUCGUCCCGCUCACCACAGAUCCCUCGCCGACCAUCAGCUUCACCGACCCGGCCUGGGCUUCGUUAGACAAGACCACGUCCCUGGAGAACCAGGGGUCGGAGGUCAGGGGCGGGGGGGCGAUGACUGCCACAGAGAACAUGAAGGAGGCACAGCAGGUGGUGUGUAUAGACUGGAAGGACCUGGUUGGACGUGGGCAUGUCGUCCUCAACAUGACGCAAAACCAGAACUGUGAGGAGUUCCGUGUGGACCAGGGUGUGCGGUUGCUGAAGAUCAUCGAGCGAGUGUUUGCUUGGAAGAUGAACAGCCCUGAGGGAUCAUGGGUACUCUUCCUCAGCAAGCCCACACACCAGCAGCACCAGCUCCUGAUGAAUGUGGCAUCUGGCCACGGAGUGAUCGGCACCAGUGAUGUGCUGGACAUGUUGGGGGAGAUCAGGAAAAGUCUGAAUAAGGUGGGAAUCCAGAGCUACAGUGCCACCAGCCGCUGUGUGUCCCGGCCCAGUCAGACACGCAGCGACUACGGGAAGCUGUUUGUGGUGCUGGUCAUCAUCGGCUCCGUCUGCAUGGUCAUCAUCACUUCUGGGUUCUUAUACAUCUGCUGGCAAAGACGACUGCCGGCCACCAAGACGACGUUUCGCGCUGAGGAGCUUCACUUUGUGGAGAAUGGCUGCCACGACAACCCCAUGCUGGACGUGACCAACGACAACCAGUCUGAGAUGCAGGAGAAGAAGCCGAGCACCAACGGACUGACGGGGGGGGGCGAGACAGGAAAGGAUGACAGCAGUCGCUGGCAGGUGUUUGUCAAUCAAGCGGCGGCUGAGGAGGAGGAGGAGGAAGAAGAGGAGCAGGACACACAUCUCUGAUGGAGGAAGAGGAAGAGGAGACAGGCUAUGAUGGAUGGGCGUCUUUUAUAGAUGGUGGAGCCCAGAGAAGAAGAAGAAUAGGAAGAUGGCAGAAAAGAAAACAAGGUGUCUUCGAUUGAGGGAAGAUAGGGAGAGGAGGUGGAGGAAAGAAAAGAGAGAAGUGGGGAUGAAGGCGAAAAGCCUGAGUGACAGAUGUGUGGUGCAGGAGCAGGAGUCACUGACGUCAUCACAGCGAUGAGACACCGAGUUGAACAUCACAUUCACGAAUUCAUGGAAAAACAGCCAAAUCUAAAACCAUUUAAAAUGGUUGUUAAAGAGGGACGUCAGAUCCCAACUUGAUGUUUGAAAAUAUCACCAUUACAUAAACAAUCUGUUUAAUGUGCCUUAUGUUUUUAGCGCUUGACAAUGUGGCUGCAUGACACAAUUAACACAAACAACACAUCACAGAGCAAAGCACCUUUUUCCAGCUUCAACGGUUGAAUGUAAAGAAGCAAUUGUUUAGUUUGUGUCACAGGAAAACAAACUUUACUUGACACAACAAUCUGACCGGCAGCAGGAAUCCAAAAUAAUUCAAUAGGCUGAAAGUACGGAUAAUAAUGUCAUAAUUUAAAAUGUAUAUUGAGAUGAACGUGAAAAGAUCACCAAUGAAAAGAAGUCGGGUACAAAGCAAAACCUACGAUGAGCCUAAAAAAUGUAAUUACCCAGAAGGUCGCUCAGAGGUCACUUUAUUUUUCCUGGAUCUGACCCAUAACCCUAUUUUAAAGUCAAGGUUUAAAGUCUAAUUAAAAACAUCCUGGUGAGUUUCACAUCCCUGCAGAUGAUCAGUGGUUUCACCUCCACGUCUAACUCUGGUGACGGCAGCGACUCCUCUCGGCUUCUCCUCCGAAUCACCGGACAGGAAGUUGAGCAACUAGCGACUUUGAAAGUAAGGUUUUGGCACUUUAUCGAUUCCUCUUUGGAAAUAGUGACUAUCAUCGCUGAAAUGCUGCAUCACGUUAAAUGUAUAAAAUAAAGCGAUUUCCAAUAUCUCUAUUUUGCUUAUAGGAAUGGUUGUAACUGCUGAAGAUGUUUACUGUUCCCUCGUGUUAAAUAUACUGACGUGCUGUUAGCCUGAUGCUUCUCUUUAACGGUGCUGGAAUGGCUGCUCUAUGCUCCUCAGUAAAUCCUGAGGCUUUGACACACGGGCAACAUUUAGAGGCCAAAAGCAUGAGAAUAAAGUGAGUUGCAGUCGAGCCCCAAGUCUUCUGUCUUUAGUGUUUAAUGUUCAAGUCAACACGUCAUGUUCAGGUCACUCAUCUAAUGUCCAAGUAACUCUGAUCCCAUCUGUAUUACUAUGGUCAGAAUAUCAGAGGCUCAGCAAUCAGUCAUUAUGUGAGUAUCAGGAUCUAGUCCCUGUUGCAAAAAGUAUCUUCAAGACUCUAAGACCGAGUACAAGUCACCAUGGCACAUUUCAGUCGUCAUUAAAGACCUGUCACAGCUUUGUGAUUGUGAGCUUAGUAGUGUUCGGGUCCCUCAAGUCGUGUCUGAACGACCAGGAGUUUGUCUGAGUCAGUAGGAUCAUGUCAGUGUGAUUAUAUUUGAAUCAACAUUUCAUCAGGACGAUUUCAUGUCACGAGGGUCACGUCUGAGUCACCAUGUUGGAGUCAGGAAGGACGAGUCCCUGUGAAUGGGUCCUAGUCACGAUGGUAAAGUUUGUUUAACUGAUUAACAUUUAAAUCUAACACCUUUGUGUGGUUCUCAGUGAGAGGAUCAAUUGACUGACUGGAGACAGACAAUCGUCCAGAAGCUGCGUUCAACAUUGACCAUGCUUGUUUUCAGGCUUUAACUACCAUGUAGGCCGGAGAGGAGGCCUGUGGUUCCACAAAAACCAUGUCCCAACAUUCUAAUUCUCAUAUUUUAUUCAGUGACUUCAUCACGUCGUUCUCCGUCUCCAUGCUGGUCACAUUUAAAUCUCAUUUAAUUCAGAUGUUGCCCGUGUUUUUGCUCUUUUUCUAAGACUUUCCUCGAUGUAACUAAUGAAUAUGGCUUCACUAUAAACUACGCUGAUUUAAAUGCAUUUUUGCAGCUCAGCAGGAUCGUUCAGGACCGAGCGAGGAUUAGAGUUUCUUAAACGUGCAGUAUAUAUGAUCUGUUUCUGAAAGCACAAGAGACCGGCAGGACGCAUUCCCCUUGUCCUGCACUUGAAGACAGAUUAUAGGAGCAUGUAGCUUUCAGCACUGCAGCCUCGAUAUAGACACAGACAGCGUCUCCUUCUUUCCUCUGCUGAAGGAGUCGGUUUAAAAGACAAAUUUUGUCGCCUUCUUGCUAGAAAUCCACUUAACACUGAACAGAUCCUUUACAACUGUUUUAACAAGGGCUUUUCUUUCCAGAAAGCCUCACGCAGUUUCCAUUUAGUAGCAGUGCCAGUGCAAGUCAGUGGGCAUUCAGCUGUAAGAAAAAGUAAUAACAAGUUACCCUUUGUAUAAAGAAAAGAUGGUUAGUUUCAUAGUGUGAAUUUGCUGCUAUUCAACGAAUAUAUUGUUCAGUUAUUAUUCAUUCAUGGCAGGUAUUUCAUUUAUUUUCUCCUUUCUGUACACCUGUUUAUAUUUGUAUCAAAUGUUGUGUCACCCUUUUGGUUGUCAAAGUAAUAAGUUAACUGUGAGAAAUAAAGUGUAGAGUAAAGGAGAUGUUUUGUAAUUUCUCGCCCGUUCAACCUUGACACGGAUAGUGGAAGAUUUCUUAUGUUUGCAGGAUUAAAUGUUUGAGAAUAAACAGAAUAGUUUAGUCAGUAGUAGUUAGUUUCAUUAUAGUUUGUCAUGUUUAAGAAAAAGACGACAUCUUCAUUUCCAGUUUAACACAAGUUCAGGUUCCUCUACUUCAUUUCAAACACGGGUUGAGUAAAUCACAUUGUAGUUUGCAUUGGAACACA